UGCUCUCUGUAGGUGUCACUCACUUAGCGGCUGUGCAGCACCUAGGCAAGGUACUGCGGUAACGCGCCGACAAAAGGAAACGGACAGCGCGCAGGCUGCCUCAACGAUGUGAACGUACUGCACCUGCCAGGGAUGAAGCGAAGCAGAGCUUUGUCGUUUGAAGUCUUGCUAUUGAAAAUGCAAGAAGAAAAGAUGAGAAAAUACUCGUCAAUUCAGGAAGACUGACUAUUCUACGAAGAAAACGUUAUAUUUGUGUGCUCUUCCUUUCUUCGCUCUUUCUCGUUUCUGCUGUGCCCUGCGUAGCAGAAGCUCAACGCCUCGGAGAAUAUGCUCGUCUCGUCAGGGCGACUGGCCGGGGUGCAGCCCAUUGCAGGCGGUGUACUCGCUUUUGCAGCUCUUGGAUUGGGGUCACGGGCACUCCGGUAGCUCGAGGUGGUGGUAUCCUUAACGAAAGAGGAAGCUGAGCUGCGAUAACGUGGACCAGGGGAGGAUGCAAGGGGUGACGGUGACGGGCGAAGCGCCCAUGCUAAAUCAAGAAAGGAGAGAAGAGCAAAGGCCCCUGAAGCAGUCCCUUAGUGGUUCCCUGUGCAGAGAGUCCCAUUGGAAAUGCCUUGUUCUAACUCUUCUGAUGUAUGGCUGCUUCGGAGUACUGGCUUGGUGCAGCCUCUACAAAAUCACCAUCUUGACGCUGGAUACAAAUUAUUUUGGAAUAUCUCGUAUUUACCAUGACAGUCCCUGUUCUAACGGUUACAUUUACAUACCCCUGGCCUUUCUUACCAUGCUGUAUGUGGUCUACUUGGUGGAGUGUUGGCACUGCUAUUCCAAAAACAUGACCCAGCACAAGGUGGAAAUUAGUACUGUAUACGAACGCAUCCAACGAAUGCAGCAGUCUACUCCAUGCAUUUGGUGGAAAGCUAUUAGUUACCACUAUAUUAGGAGGACACGGCAGGUAACGCGCUACAGGAAUGGUGAUGCAUAUACAACUACUCAGGUGUAUCACGAACGGGUUAACACUCACAUGUCCAGUUCAGAAUUUGAUUAUUCCCGUCAUGGAGUGAAAGAUGUCUCUAAGGAGCUCCUUGGCCUUUCAGAUUACCCUGCCACCAAACUUCGUUUUACUAAAUGCUUCAGCUUUGCUAAUUCAGAAGCUGAAACAUCAUACCUAACCCAGCGAGCACGAUUCUUUAGUGAAAAUGAAGGUUUGGAUGAUUACAUGGAGGCCAGGGAAGGGAUGCAUCUAAAAAAUGUGGAUUUUAAAGAGCAUAUGAUUGCCUUUCCUGACCCAAGCCAUCCUCCCUGGUAUACCAGGAGAUACAUAUUUUGGUUAGCAUCUCUCUUCAUGCUUUCAUGGCCACUGAGGGUCAUUGCAGAAUACCGUACAGCAUACGUUCAUUAUCAUGUAGAGAAACUCUUUGGGUUAGAUGAGGGAGUACUCACUCCAGAAGAUACUGGAUAUAGCCGGAGAAUCUCAAGGGUUAACACUAUUGAUAUGACUGAACUGGAAUGGCAUAUUAGGUCUAAUCAACAGAUGGUUCCAAGUUACUCUGAAGCCUUGUUAAUGGAUAGUACGGUAGCCAAUGCUGGAUAUGCCACCUACAUGCAGAACUGCCAGAGAUGCCGUCGAACAGUUAGCAGCUCUUCCCUUCCCUCCCGUUGUGCUCGAAGUGGCAAUUCCAGACUUCCUUUUAGUAGGAGUAGGUUCUCUCUGGGACGUAUGCAGCCAUCUCGUCGUACCUGCUUGUUUCGUAGUCUCAGUGGACGUGUAGAUGAAAGAAGCUUGUCGGAUGAGGCUGGAAUGCUGGAAGAGCCACCUUCAUAUCAGGAUGCCCUUUACUUCCCUGUUCUAAUAGUUCACGGAGAAGAAAACUGUAAUCGCAAUGGAGUGUUUCAACAAAGCAGACCCCCACUAUGAUCUUGUUUGGGUUUUGCAAGGAGGUUCUUAAAGCCACCAAGGACACAAUCAUGUAAAUAGCAGAGAUUGCAAGAUAGUGCUCUCUUUUUUCUACCUUUUUUUCUUCCUUCGUGAUACAAUGGUAGCAGACUUUGGCUGCAAAACACCCAGUGUUUUUAAUACUGGAAUGGACACCACUAGGCCUUGUUUGGUGCAUGAACUGCAACAUUGAAAAAUCCUAUGGGAUUUUAAAUAAGAGCACAGAUAUAAAUUGCAGGCAGAUGCUCAGAGUACAUAAUCAAGGAGGCUUUUACUGAAUUAAACAAAAAUUCUAAAUUGCUCUUAAUGCUUUCACAUUGUGUAGCAGUGCUCUUGUUUGUAUGUAUAUGUGUACAUACACUCACAGACACAUACACACACUUUUCCUUGCUGUUAUCACUCAUUACUUUGCUAAUCAAAUACCACCUUUGGAAAUAAACACCAAAAAGUCCUGAGGCAUUUUCUUCCAUCACAUAAUGAAUAUAUGGUGUUUAUGUAAUAGUUCAUCAGACAGCUUGGAGAUGGAAAGCUUUCAAAGUGUUCUUCUUGAGGUUUUGAAGCUAAUUAUCGUAUUUCUUGGCCUCUGAGACAUAGUUGUUUCUUCUGAGAAUUUUAAAGGGCUUAAACUUUAAAAAUAAUUACAUCUGAAAAAUCUUAGAUACAGCAAAGAAAAAGGAAAGUAAAAAAGGAAAGUCAAAGCUAUCAUUUUUGAGCAUCUUCUCUUCUGAAGAACAUGCAGUUUUACAUUGAUGAUCACAUUAUGAUGUGGAAAACAAUAUGGAUGCCUUACUCUACAUUGUAGCUGAUAAGUAACACAUAAACUAAAAUGUCCAACCAACACAAAGCAGAAAGUCUAAUUUUGUGCAGGUAUCAUUCCAAUGAGGUGUCUUUUGUCAAAUAUAUUUCUUAUUUCAUUUUUAGAAUUAGAAACUGUAAAGUUAACUUGAAAAAUGUCCACAGUAAUUUUUUUUAUGUAUAUGUAGAGUUGUUUACCCUACUGACCACUGGCAGAACUCAAACCACUGAAUGUACACUUGAAGUUCUGUAGAAUGUCGACUUUGCUUAUCAUUUGUUCUGUGAUAGUCGUGCUGUAAAGGUAACUAUCCAGCUUCAAGCUUACAGUUUUUUUUUUUAUUCACCAAGAAUGUAACAAGAGGCUGCCCAGUAUGGUAAGUUGACAGAUUGUUUUGUUUUGACAGUCAUAUUGAAAUGUAGGGUGAUAAUAUAAAAAAUGAAUGCUUAACAUUUUUUGCAAGAUUAAAAAAAUGUAUUAUGAU